AUGAAGUUUGACUUUACAGAUCAUUCACAUCGCCGAUACAACCCUCUGAAUGAUACAUGGGUGUUGUGUUCUCCCCAUCGUGGAAAACGACCUUGGCAAGGUGAACAAGAAGAUAUAGUAAAGGAUGAAGUACAAAACUAUGACCCCAGCUGUUAUUUAUGCCCGGGAAAUGAUCGAGCAAUGGGUACCAAAAACCCCAAUUACACAGCGACGCACGUCUUUCGCAAUGACUAUCCAGCAGUCAAAAGGGAACAACCUGAUUUAGUGGAAGAACAAUCCCACGAAAAAGGGCAGACACUCUCCUUGAAGUCCCGUUUGCAGAAAACUCAAGGUGUCAAGGGCGACUGUUUUGUCAUUUGCUUUAGCCCUAAUCAUAGUUUGACGCUUCCUCGUAUGGAAAUAAAUGCUAUUAUGCAUGUUGUGGAAACUUGGAAGCAACUAUGCUUUCAGUUAAAAACAGCGUCUUCUGAACGCAUGCACUAUAGAUACAUUGAAUUUUUUGAAAACAAAGGUUCGGCUAUGGGCUGCUCAAAUCCUCAUCCACAUGGCCAGGCCUGGGGCUUGGAUUAUAUUCCAACGAAUGUUGGUGAAGAAAUAAAGAAUAUGACAAAGUAUUUCAAGUCCUAUGGUACACACUUACUCGGCGACUAUGUCAAGCUUGAAAUGGAAGAAAAACAAAGAAUUGUCCUUGAAAAUGAUUCUUUCGUUGUACUCGUCCCCUAUUGGGCUUUAUGGCCUUUUGAAACUUUGUUGAUUUCAAAAGAACAUUUGCAUUCGUUGAUGGAUUUCCAAGAAAAGCAUGUUCAAGACUUGGCUUCUAUUUUAAAGCAAUUAACUACGAAAUACGAUAAUUUAUUUUGCACGAGUUUUCCCUAUUCCAUGGGAAUUCAUCAAGCACCUCUCCACGGCACCGAAGAUGAAUGCAAUAACUCUUGGUUCCAUAUGCACUUUUAUCCUCCUCUAUUGAGGUCUGCUUCAGUAAAAAGUUUUGUGUUGGAUUUGAAAUGUUAGGUGAAGCCCAAAGAGAUCUGACUAGUGAACAAGCCGCUGAACGCUUGCAAGCACUUGAGUGUACAAGGCAUUACCUAGAUACCCUAAGCUGA